AUGGCGCAUCAACAACAACAACAACCCCAACAACAGCCCCCGAUGCCCAUCGCCAUCGUGGGCAUGUCCUGCCGGCUGCCCGGCGAUGUCUCCACGCCGGGCGAGUUCUACCGGAUGCUCUGCCGCAAGCGGAGCGGGUGGUCGCCGGUGCCGCCGGACCGGUUCAACGCCAAGGCAUACCAUCAUCCGAAUCCCGACAAGAAGGGCUGCUUCAAUUCCCAGGGAGGCUACUUCAUCAAGGACGAUAUUUCGAUGUUUGACGCCGGGUUCUUUGACAUCACCAAGAAAGAAGCCGAGUCGAUGGACCCCGCACAACGGCUGCUGCUAGAAUGCGCCUACGAAGCGCUCGAAAACGCAGGCAUCUCCAAAGACUCCGUCUCCGGAAAAAAAGUCGGCGUGUUCGUCGGGGGCAACUACACCGAACACCGCGUCUCCAACCUGCGCGACCUGGACCACAUCCCGGCCUUCGACGCGACAGGCAACCAAGGCGCCUUCCUCGCCGGCCGGCUGGCCUAUUACUUCAACCUCCGGGGACCCGCCCUGACCGUCGACACGGCCUGCUCGUCUAGCAUGCACGCGGUGCACCUUGCAGUCCAAAGCAUCCGCUCGGGCGAAUCCGAACAAGCCAUCGUGGGCGCGUCCCACAUUAUCACCCACCCGGACAUCUGGGUGUCAAUGGGCAAGCUCCGCCUCUUCUCCGACGCAGGCAAGACCUACGCGUUCGACCACCGCGCCAAGUCCGGGUACGCUCGCGGCGAGGGUGCGGGAUGUCUAAUCCUGAAACCACUCGCCCGCGCGCAGGCGGAUAAUGACCACAUCUUCUCCGUCAUCACCCACACGGGGAUUGCCCACAACGGGCGGACCGUGGGGAUAGUCGCCCCCAGCCCCGAGGAGCAGGAGCAGUUGCUUCGGAAUGUCUUCGCCGAGGCCAGGAUCAGGCCAGAGGAGGUCGGUUUUUUCGAGACGCACGGGACAGGCACCAAGAAAGGUGACCCGAUCGAGGCAACGGCCAUUUACAAAGCCGUCGGCAAGCACUUCACCCCGCAAGAGCCGCUGUACAUUGGUUCAAGCAAAGCCAACGUCGGGCAUCUCGAGUGCGCGAGCGGGAUUGUAUCCGUCAUCAAAACCGUGCUGAUGCUGUACUACGGUUUCAUCCUGCCCAACGCCGAUUUCGAAAAAGUCAACGACGCCAUCCCGCUCGACAAAUGGAACAUGCGCGUGGCCACGGGACAGGCGCCCUGGCCCGGCAAGCGCAAGUACGCGUGCGUGAACAAUUUCGGCUUCAGCGGGUCCAACUCGAUGUGUGUGCUCAGCGCGGCGCCGCUGUCGCGCGACCUCGAACUCGGCGCUGACGGCAGCUACAGCCCUUUGAGGCUGUUUGUUCUCUCCGCCAACGACGAGCCCGCCCUGCGCAAGUCAGUCAAGAAACUCGGCAUCUGGCUUGAGCAGCACGCCGAGUUGUACCAGACCACCAUGCCGCGGAACCUCGCAUACACGCUCUGCCAGCGCCGGUCGCAUCUUCCAUGGCGAGUGGCGGUGGUGGCAGGCAUGUGCAGUGAUGUAGCCAGAUCGCUGAACAGCCCCGACGUGGCGCCGGCUCGGGCACCGAGUGAACCGCCUAGGCUUGCCUUUGUGUACACGGGCCAGGGCGCGCAGUGGUUCGCCAUGGGCCGGGAACUGCUGCGGACCCAUCCGGUGUUUUUCGAGGCUAUUUCCCGCGCGGAUAAGGCGCUGCGCGCUGUCGGGGCAGACUUUUCAAUCCUUGAAGAGCUGCGGCGGGAUAAGACCUCGUCCAAGGUCGGUUUGGCGCACAUCAGUCAGCCUAUCUGCAGCGCGGUGCAGUUGGCGCUGACUGAUUUGCUGAUGUCGUUCGGGAUCAAACCGUCGGCCGUAACCGGGCAUUCCAGCGGCGAGAUCGGCGCAGCGUAUGCAGCGGGUGCGCUGACAUUUGAGUCUGCUAUGGAGGCGGCAUACUACAGGGGCCAAGCUAUCGUCGAGCUCAAGAAGAACCACCCCGGUCUCAGGGGCACCAUGAUGGCGGUGGGAGCAGGCGCAGAGGAAUUAGGCCCGAUACUUGACGCGUUGAACAAGCAAGGUGCCGCCCAAGCUGUGGUGGCAUGCGAAAACUCGCCGUCUUCAACCACCCUCUCCGGCGACGAAGAAGCCAUCGAUCGUGUAGCGGCAAUGUUCCAAGACAAAGGCGUCUUCAACCGCAAGCUCUUCGUCGACGUGGCCUACCACUCCCCUCACAUGAAGCUAAUCGCGGACUGGUACCACGCCAAAAUCAGCCACAUCCAGGCCUCCGCUCAAAUGGCCUCCUCCAACGUCCAGUUCUUCUCGUCACUGCGCGGCCAGCGCGUCAGCCUAUCCUCCCUCGGCCCAGAGUACUGGGUCGACAACCUGACGCAAGCCGUCCGCUUCUCCACCGCCACCCAACACCUCUGCACCGAACACAGUCCCGACAUCCUCAUCGAAAUCGGCCCGCACGCAGCCCUCAAAGGCCCCAUCCUCCAAAUCCUCAAGACCCUCGGCCCAGUCGUCGCAUCCAAGAUCUCGUACCUCCCCACCCUCGUCCGCGGCCAAGAUGCGACACGCACAUGUCUCGAAACAGCCGGCCAGCUGUUCGUGCGCGGCUAUCCGCUGCAGUUCUUCGAGAUCAACCACCACCGGGAGGAAGCCGAAAAGCCCGCGCUGGUGCCCUCGCUGUACACAUACCCCUGGUCGCGGCAAAAGUACUGGUACGAGUCGCGCAUCAGUCGGCAGCACCGGCUCAAGCCGUCGACGCGGCAAGAUUUGCUCGGGUCGUUGGCGGAUUGGUCGAGUGAGCUGGAACCGACCUGGCGGAAUGUGGUCAGGACGGAUGACCUGCCGUGGCUGAAGGAGUAUCAGGUUCAUGGUCGGAUGGUGUUCCCUGUGGCUGGAUUCAUCUCCAUGGUCAUCGAAGCCGCGGCGCAGAGAGCUUGUCUGGAGGGGUUGGAUGCGGAUCAGUUUGAGGUCAGGAAUUUCAAGGUUGUGGACCAGCUCUUCCUGGCUGAGGGGCUUGAGUUUGAAGUAGUUCUUCAUUUUCGGCCAUUGGAGGGCGGAGAGGACAGAUGCUACGAGUUUGGCAUAUCCUCGUACGAAGCCAGUCGUGAUUGCCUCCUUGAAUCCCAACACCAGGCAUCCCCAGCGGACAUGGGAGCCAGCUUGCAGACAGAUCCUGCCAAACCGCCUAUCAACGAGGACCGCAUCGACGCCCUGUCCGACUCAGCCUCCUCAAUCUCCAAACCCCCUUCCUCCGCCGCCUCCGACACAAGACCAUGGGGCCGAAAAUCCGAAUCGAUAGGCAUGUCCUACCCCAAGUCCUUCCAAACCCUGCUCGAAGCCACCGCAAACGAGACCGACACAGCCGCCCGGUACCGCGCCCGCGACACCGCGUCCGACAUGCCCAUGGAGUUCGAGACACCGUACAAAGUGCACCCGUCCCUCAUUGACGCUAUGCUGCAAAUCCCGCUGCUCAGUCUCAAGCUUGAGGGGAUGGGAAUGGGAAAUAAGGGGGAUGGCAGUGCUUAUCUGCCUACGGGUAUCCGCCACCUGAUUGUGCGUCCGGGGUUUAGCAAGCGAGCAAGUGAGGAUUUCUCAGCGCACUCGAGCCGUGAUGCACGGACUGGCGCCUUUGUCGUGGACAGUUUCUGCGUGACGGAUCCCGCAAUGGCAGCAUGGAAGCCGACCAUCCCCGAACCGGCGGCGCCCCGGGAACUGUGCUUCAAGUUUGACUGGGAGCCUCUGAAGGAGGAGAGCACAAGCAGCGCUGAAAAGGCAGGACGUCUCAAAUCCCGCGAGUCCAUCGUGAUCGUCGCGCAGGGGCAAGACGCGCCACGAAACCCGCUUGUAGCCGCCGUGGCCCGCAAGAUCGAACAGUCCACGGGCAUCAAACCACACAUAACCCCCCUGGAGAAGAUAGACGACUGGAACAACUUCUUCGUCGUCCUCUCCGAACUGAGCGGCCCUAUCCUCUGUUCGAUCACCGAAACCGGACUUGAGCAAGUCAAGCGCCUGCUCACCCUAUCCCCAGGCCUGAUGUGGGUGACGCGGGGGGCGACCCGCUUUACCGUCGCCCCCAACGCAAGCAUGGCGCUCGGCAUGACCCGCACCGCACGCUCCGAGCGAAACGCCGUCGCAUCCACUCUCGAUCUGGAUCCCGACUCCAAGCUCGGCGCUUCCCAACAGGCGGAGCUCAUCUGCGAGGCGUUUGCUCGGUCGGUGCUCUCGGAAAGUGACGAUGGGGAGGGAGAGAUGGAAUUUGCCGAGGACGGUGGGGGGCUUGUCGUCCCGCGGAUUGUGGUCGACAAGGAACUCAACCUAGAUGUCCACCGCUCCCUGGGGCCAGCAGCGCCGUAUCGCCAGGACUUCCACCAGCGUGAUAGGCAACUCCGGCUUGCCGCUCACGCUAAUGCCAAUCUAUCCUCCUCAGACGACAGCCUUUACUUCGAGGACGCACCGCCUGCACCACCACUCGCAGACGACGAGGUAGAGAUCGAACUCUCCGCCAGCCUCCUGACACCAGACGACGUCACCUACACCCACGGCGCCACCGAAGCAAACAUACCCAUCCUCCGCAGCUGCAGCGGCACGGUAACGCGGAUCGGGCGCAAGGUGUGUGACGUCUCGGUCGGAAACAGGGUCUGCGCACUAGCCGACGGCCCGUUCGGAACGCACGCUCGGGCAAAAAUCACCAGCACCGCCAUAAUUCCUCCGGCUGCUGCUGCCAGCCUCAGCAUGGAGGAAGCGGCAUCCAUCCCGGCCGCGUUCUCCGCCGCAUACUACGCCCUAGUGCACAUCGCCAAAGUCCAACCGGGCGAGCGCGUCCUCGUGCAACUCUCCGCGCCUGCCGGGGUUGCGGCUAUCGAGAUAGCACGCUACCUUGGCGCGAGUGUCUUUGCUUUGGCAAAGAAUGAGAAAGAGGUCACGGCUGCUACCGACUGCGGGGUGCCGCUCGACCGCGUCUUGGAUGUGCGCACCAAGUAUCUCCGACGGCAGGUCGAUGACGCGACUCAGGGCGAGGGGAUGGAGGUUGUUCUGGCGCUGUCCGGCAAUGUCCAAGGGACGGUCGAGGCGUCGGAGUGUUUGGCCGAGUUUGGGCGGUUUGUCGAGAUCCGGACGUCUGGCUCCCAUCGCAGCUCGCGGGCGGAGUUGGGUAUCAAUGCGACUUUUACGUCGCUCAAUAUCGCUAGCAUUGCUGCGGCGCGACCGCAGGCGAUGGAGGAGACUUUGCGAAGUUUGAUGAAGGGCAUCGAGACUGGCGCUAUCCUACCGCCCGCGAAACCGGUUGUGGUUCCCGUGUCAGAGCUGGGUAAAGGGCUGCGGAUGGUGUCCGAGGGUGCCGUGCAGCCAGUCGUGGCGGUUGCAGGGGCGCGCGAGCAAGUGAAGGCCCUACACCGAGUCUCAAAAACAAUCUUCCGCAGCGACGGAACCCAUGUGAUCAUCGGUGGAACCGGCGGACUGGGCAGGUCCAUGGCCAAGUACAUGAUAGACCAUGGAGCGCGCAACAUUGUGCUGCUUUCUCGGCGCGGCGCCGAUGACGAGAUGGUCGAGCAACUCCAACGAGCGGCUCAAUGCCCAGACGGCAAGAUCGUUGUGAUGAAGUGCGACGCCAGCAUCGAGAGCCAGGUAUGGCGGGUGGUUGGCGAAUGCGCGACCACUAUGCCUCCAAUCUGCGGUGUUAUCCACGCUGCAAUGGUACUUCGAGACGUCCUGUUAGAGGGCAUGACCCACGAGGACUACAAACGGGUAACACGCCCCAAGGUGAACGGCAUCUGGAACAUCCACAAAGCUCUGGUCGCGUACUACGCCAAGCUGGAUUACUUCGUUGUGCUCUCCUCAGCAGCAGGGAUCCUAGGCAGCCGAGGACAGGGCGCAUAUGCUGCAGCCAACACCUUCCUCGACUCUUUCGUGCAGUACCGCGUGCAGAACGGUCUUCCAGGAACAUCCCUCGACCUAACCGCAGUGACGGGCGCAGGAUACCUGGCCGAGAACGCGGAGCGGCAGGACGAGAUCAUCCGCAACUUUGGCGGGGAGACACUCAGCGAGGAAGAGUUCCUGGCCCUGCUAUCGGCCGCCGUGCGGGGUGUUUGCGGGAGUCAAUGCCUGACAGGACUGAAACUCCAUCUCGGCAGCGACGGACAAUGGCCGUACUACGCCAGUGACGCGCGGUUCGCCAAGCUCAAGGCCGAGUGCCUUGCUGCGGCUGAGAGGGAAGGGCUGGCCCCGAAGCAAUCUGUGUCGCUGGGCAAUGCAUUCCGUGCGGCCAAGUCGGACGAGGAGGCGACGAAUAUCGCGGCACAGGGGGUUUUGGAGAAGCUUUCCGAAGUGCUGACCAUUGAGGUCCAAAAUUUGGACGUGGCUAGGAAUAUCACAUCGUACGGGCUGGACUCGCUGACGGCUAUUGAGCUGCGCAACUGGAUAGCCAAAGAGCUGCGGGCUAACUUACAAAUCUUGGAGCUGUUGUCGAGCGGGACGAUUAACGAUCUGGCCGCAUUGAUCGUGCAAAAGACAAGGACGGUUUGA